CCGGCAAUAUUUGGAAAGAUAUAGGUCAUAGUGCUGAUUCGUGUAAAGAUUUAUUAGCCCAAUUAAGAAAAUAUUAUUUACAUCAAAGUCCGUAUGAUGGAACUUACUCACCUAAUAUUGAUACUCCUUAUUCAUGGUGGAUGACAUGUAUUGAUUCUAAAAGUAAUCUCAAAACUCUUGCCCUAAAAUUAUUUUCUAUAACUCCAAACUCAGCAGGAUGUGAAAGGAUAUUUUCCUCUUUGGGUUGGUUUUAUGGAAAAAGAAGACACAGAUUAUCAACAAAUAAACUUGAGUCAAUGGCUAAGAUUCACCGUUAUUAUCUUACUCAAGCAAAAAAGGAACUUCCUUACGUAGAUAAAAAUUAUAGUGAAGAUGAAAUUCGAUCUUGGAUUAAUAGAGCAUACGAUCAAAUGAUUGAAGAUGACAGUGAGGAUAUUGAUAUUGAUUCUCCUUUACUUCCUGAACCUAUUAGUGAAUCAAAUGAAAGAACAGAUAUUGAAUUAGAAUUAGAAAGAAUAAUUUCUAUAGAAAAA